AUGAAAGCCUCCCUCCUCGUCCUCGGCCUUUCGGCUCUGGCUUCUGCCGCUCCUGUCGUGGAUACGGGCCUUAUCAACGGAGACAUCGUCGACGCCGAUGUCAGCGCCCUGAACCAUCGCGACGUGAUUGAUGCCGAUGCAAAGGCUUUGAACCACCGCGACGUGGUUGAUGCCGACGUCAGCGCCCUGAACCACCGUGAUUUGGUCGAAGCGGAUGUCAGCGCCCUGAACCAUCGCGACGUGAUUGACGCCGAUGCAAAGGCUUUGAACCAUCGCGAUUUGGUUGACGCGGACGUCAGCGCCCUGAACCACCGUGACUUGGUUGACGCCGAUGUCGUGGUCGGCAGGAGUAUCGGCGGAGUUUCUGACACCAAAGCCGGUGCUUCUAGCGGCCACAAGUCUACUACUCGGUAG